GACUAUAUUUAUAUAAUUUGUAAAUAUUUAUAAUUUUAACCUGUUAACCAGAGAGGACGAAAGUAAUUUAUCACAAUAAUUUCUUUUUUCUUCUGAUAAAUUAAUAUAUGGAUAAUUUGUUAGUGCAAUUGAAAAAGAAACAUAUUUCCUAAUUCUUUAUUUAACGGUUUAUCCAAAGUUUUUAUCUAUAUCUUAACCAUUUCAUUUUUAUUUGCUUUUCAAUCGUAGUUUUUUUUCCUGGUUAACAGGUAAAAUAUUCAAUUUUUAAAUGAAGUUAAAUAAUAACAUUCUUUUUUAUGCAUCCUUCCUUGUCGACGAAUCUUUAAUUAAAUUUUAAUGUUAUGAAGAUCAUAAGUCAAUAAGUAUGAGUAAGACACCUGUUUCAAUACUACAAGAAAUGAUGGUGAAAAUGCAAAUGAUACCAAAUUAUGAAUUAAUACAUGAUGGUGGAGGCACACACGUGAAUACUUUCACUUACCGUGUUACAUGUGAAGGACUUAGUGCAACAGGUACUGGACGUAGUAAAAAAGAUGCAAAACAUGAGGCUGCAAAAGCUAUGCUUGAGAAAAUAGCAGCUCAUAGAGCUUAUCCUCAACUACCAGCUUCCCCAGCACAAUCUCCCAUAAAAACAUGUAUACCAACAGUUAUACCAGCUUCUCCAAGAAUUCCACCAAAUGAGCCUUUUGUAAAUGCAAUAGGUGCUUUACAGACAUUGUGUGCAGAAAAUAAUUUGCAAGAACCAGAGUAUAUACCUAUCAAUGAUGAAGGUCCACCACAUGCAAGAAUUUUUACUUAUCAAUGUGUACUUUCAACAUUUAAAGAAGAAGGAAUUGCUACUACAAAAAAACAAGCAAAACAUGAGGCAGCUAAAAAAAUGUUAAAUCGUAUAAAAGAGCUUGUUUCUGUUAAUUAUCCAGAAUUUCUGGAUAAUGAUGAACAAAGUCAACUUAAAAUAAAUGAUAUGAUAAGCAAUUCUAUUGCUGAAGCACGUUAUCCUCAGUUAAAUAGGUUUUCAUCUAAGAAAGUAAAUUUAGGUCUUAAAAUUUCUGACUAUCAUAUAAAAUUGAAAAAUUCUUUUAUGACGAUACGCCAAGAAUUAUUAACAAAUUUACAGUCAAUUAGACAUGAUACAAGUGAUUACAAUAUGGUAAAUACUAUUUUAUAUAGAUUACAAGAAAUUUUGACACCAUUAGCUAUUCAAGUAACUAUAACAUUGUUAAAUUCUAUAAAUCCAGAUAUUUUUGUUGUUAGUAUAGAAACUGAUACUUCUCCGUCUAUUGUACAAUGUAGUUCAGGGACAACUAAAAAAGAAGCUGAAUAUAAAGCAGUUCUUAAUUUAAUAGAUUCGAUUAUAUUACUCUUAAAAUAAAAUGUUUUGUAUGUAUAUAUGCUUUAUGUACUAUUAGAACAUGACAAACUGAAAUUUAUAUAUUUUCUACUUGCUAAAGGGUAUUUAAAAAUCGAAAAAAACAAAGUAGUUAACACAUAGUUAACAUACAGAUAUUAUUAAGUUAACGCUUCAUUUCUUAAAUUUCUGUAAAAUACAACUUCUAUAUUAAUUUUAAAUAUUGUAAAAACAUGAUUAUUUUCUAAUAAUUUUUUGUUAGCUAUUAUAAUUAAUUAUUGUAUUUAAAAUAAUAAAAAUGUUUGUAAAGAUUAAAUCACACUCGAUCACGUAUAUAAAUAUUUUUAUUAAUUUUAUUUACUUAAUGUCACAUAACAAUGCUACGCCACGUAAAGUCCAAUGACGGGGAUUAUGAUCAGUCUGAAAAUCGAUGGAACCAACAUAUUUUUGAUCAGUUCUUUGAGGUUUUCUAUAUAUAGGGCAUUCGUAAAGUUUUGGAUCUUUACCAGCAGUUGUAUUAAUUGCAUAUAUGUAAAUUACGGGCAUUUGUUCAUAUAAAACCUUCGGUUUACUCUCUAUAAGUUUUCCAGCCCUACGAUCAAGAGAUGCACCUUCUAAAAAUAAUCCAUGUACAUAAACUCCUUCUUGAGGUUGUUCUUUAAUAUCUUCUUUAUUAAAACGCGUUAUAAGAUUUUGUAAUACUACAGAAUCUAAAGCCCAACCUUUGUGUGCUCUAGUGACUUCCUAAAUUAUGUAAUAUUUUUAGAAAAACAGAAAAAAUUAUAUUUAUAUUAGUAUAUAAUAUAUAUUAUAUUAAUUAUAUUUAUAUUAAACAUACGUACUUGUCUCAUCGCUGUUAAAAAUCCUUGAGGA